AUGAGUACUCAUAGGUCUUUGAUUGAUGAAUGGGGAAGUCAUCGAAACGAAAUUAUUUUAGGCUACCUUCUCGGCCGUACUCAAGCCCAAAUCAAAGAUAUCUUGAAGAAUGAAUACGGGUUCAAAAUAACAAUAAAACAAUUAGAGUAUCGUCUCAAGCAAUGGGGUAUACGCAAGAACCUGACCCAGAGAGAGUAUCAAAUCAUUCAUAAGCAGAUUUCAACGAUGCCCCAGUCGACAUUUGUUUACCUGAAUGACUUUCCGAUACCACAGGAGAAGCUACAACGAGGACUGCGGCGAUACCCUCGGCAGCCCGAGUACAAAUUGAUUCUUGGAAAUAUGGGAAAUCUAGAGGACCUUUCAGAAGGAAUCUCAUUUCUGACGCCACCGAGAACUCCAUCGCCGAUGGAUUUCGAUUUUACCGUUCCCGAUGCUGGUGCUAUUGAUUCGAUCUUGAUUUCAUCAAACGUAAUCUCUGGGAUUUGCUGGCCAUUCUUGCCCUCUAUCGCCCAAUUUCUCCUCACAGUAGUAAAGAACCCUUCAUUUAUAUGGGCCAGCGGUGGCCACGUAAUGUUUUUCCUCGACUUUCUUUCAGUUACGCUACCGCUACCGCGGUGGACCUAUGAGAAAGUUAAACCCAAAUGCAUAGUCGAACGCGGACAAGAAACUGAACAAGAAACGCAGAAUACUUCAAUCUUCUAUGCAAUUUUUAAAGCCUUUCGUGGAAUGAACAUUGGAGAGAGUUCGCGCGGUGUCUAUCGUAAAUUUCUGGAUUCUUUCGUGGUUGAAGAGUUUAUACACACUGUUUUCUCACUAAGAGGGACGCGCGGAACUUCGAAAUCCACUGCGUUACAAGCAAUUUUGGGAUAUAAACCCCCCAGAUUCCUGUCAGUCCUCGGUCAAAACACCAAUAUUAUACCCAACUCGCCGUUUCUCUUGGACAGUUCAAGUUCAGAGUCCAGACAAUCUUCCACGUCGGAUGGAAUGAGCAAUAAACGAAAGCGGUUGACGGAUAUAAGUUCACCUUCGGAUGACGAUAUGCACGAAAGGGCAGGUAAAAUUAGCCGUAGAGAAACUGCAGUUGAGGGCCUUGAGCGCAGAUUUGCUUGCCCUUUUGCGAAAGGUGAUCCGGUCAGGUAUAACUCGUGUUCACGGAUCAACAGGCAAAAUCUUUCCGGGGUCAAGGAGCACGUCAAAAGGGCACAUUACCAAGGCACUCUGCCUUCGGAUAUAAGGGCGACGAAAUCGUGGGCUGGAAUCUUUGAUUUCAUCUUCCCGCAAUGGGGUAAUAGGCCUCGGCCCGGACCUUAUUUCGACAUGAAUCUUUUGUUCGAAAGAACAAAUCCACCUCAAACGGAACCAACUGCCGUAGAAAAUAUAUUUGAAGAUAUUAAUCAGAGCUGGUCUCGUGUCCAGACAUCACGAGUGGAAGAGUAUCAAGAUGUAUUAGAAGAUCCCGGAAGUCUAUCAAUUGUGCCUUCUCCGAGGAUGAGUCCGAAUCUUGCUAGCACCCCUCUGAGCCAUAAUUUCAUAUCUUCAGCAAGCUUGACGAACCACACUGAGAGAACGCCCUAUGAGAACCCGAGGGUACCGACGCCUUGUGAAGCUCAAUCUAUUAGGAAAAGAUACACUCUGAUGAUCGCUCGUUUACCGUAUAUACCGAAUUCAAUUGAAGCGGGCGGACCCAAGCGAUUUACCUUUGACAAUUUCCACGAGUUCAGCCAUCAAUUCGAUCGAUGGCUCAGGUCUCAGUUUACGAGCCCUCCAUUUUCUUGGGAGAGAUGGGAACUCCUAAAUCAGUUUGCUAAUGUUCGCCUUAAAGAUACACAAGCUGUAAUCGAUGACAUUGAUUUCUCGUUUGUUGCCCAGCAUUCUACCAGAGCAGCCUUGUACUUAGUCGCGAAAGCUGAGGGUUAG